CGAAACAAAAACACAAAUCGAGGACGCCAACUAAAAUUGCUGGGCGCACCCGCAAACCCCACUACCACCACCGGGCCCCUCUUCGUCCUCCUCCGUUCCAUCUCCUUCUCUUCUCUUUCCCAGCAGAAUCCCAGUCAAAAUCCCCCGUGUCCUCCCCCCCUACGGCGGCGAGGCGAGGCGACGCGACGCCAUGGAUCCCGCCGCCGCGCGGCGCAAGGCCGAGCGGUGGAUAGGCGUGGCGGAGAAGCUCCUGAUGGCGCGGGACCUCGAGGGGUGCAAGCAGUUCGUCUCCCAGGCGCGCGCCGACGACCCGACCGUCCCCGGCGCCGACGACCUGGCCGCCGCCGCGGACAUCCUGCUCUCCGCGCAGCGGCGGCGCCUCGCGACGGGGGCGCCCAACCCGUACGCCGUCCUGGGGCUCGACUGCGCCGACCCCGCGUCCCGCGACCCCGACGUCGUCCACUCCGCCUACCGCCGCCUCUCCCUCCUCCUCAACCGCUCCCACCCCGACCGCCCCUGCUUGCAUGCCUUCGCCGACGCCGCCCGCCUCGUCGCCGAGGCGUGGGCGUUCCUGUUCGACCCUGUCCGCAAGGCCUCCCUCGACUCCAGCCUCGACGCCGCAGCCGCCGCGGCGGCACCUCGCCCGCCUCCCGCUCCCUCUCCACAGAAGCAGCAGCCGCAGCCGCAGCCGCGGUCACCGCGGCCAGCCUCGCCACCGCCUGUUCCCGCGGCACCGGAGGUGGCCUCGGCGGUGUCGACGCCGCCGGCGCGGCCAAAGCGCGGGCGGCCGCCACGCGCCGCUAAACCCCAACCGACGCCGGAGCGGCAGCAGGAGGCGGAGGUGGAGGCGGCGGCGACGUUCUGGACGGCCUGCCCGUCCUGCUGCAACCUGCACGAGUACACCCGCUCCUACGAGGCGCGCACGCUGCUCUGCCCCAGCUGCCGCAAGCCGUUCUUCGCCGCGGCAAUGGCCACGCCGCCGCCCAUCGUGCCGGGCACCGACAUGUACUACUGCUCAUGGGGCUUCUUCCCGAUGGGAUUCCCCGGUGGCCCUGCGUUCGCUCGACCAACCAGUUCUUCUUCUUCUUCUUCUUCUUCUUCUUCUUCUUCUUCUUCUUCGCCGACGAAGCAAGCACCGGCUGCUCUGGGAUUCUAUCCAAUGGGACCCUACUCCCUGCCAUUGCCAGCUCAAGGCGACGCUGCCGAGGGCAAUGCAGCAGUUGGUUCCGGUGAUGGCACAGUGACAGCGCCGUCGCCGCCGCCGCCGCCGCCGGCGGCAGCGCCAUUGCCGGUGAAGCCCAAACUUGUAAAGCUUGGGGCAAGGAAGCGAGGGAGGCCCAAAAGCAGUAAGAACAAGCAUGUGGUGAUCGAGAUCAAUUAGAAUGUUUUUUUGGCAAAUUUUGCUCUUCGCCAAACUCAUGGUUCUGAAUGUGCACGAUAGAUUCUUUGUUUGCUGAUGAGAGGGGCAAAAAUGGGGUGAAAAUGAAGAGAGAUUGGAUCUUCUACAAGAACAGCAAUUUUGGUGAUGAACAAUUUUCCUCUUCUUUCAGUUGGAAAGUUGGUUCUCAUUAGAUGGUUAGAUUCUGUGUGUUGUGCCAUGCCACCUCGAGCGCAAGAUUUGUUGUUGUAAAUUGUAAGAUUAUCAGAUGGGUUGUUGGUAGUGCCAAAUGUACAUUACUUUAGGAUGAUGCAACUUAAUCUUUAUCUUCAGGAGAAAAAAAACACCACCUUAGAUGACAACCUAAUAUUUCAUCUACAAUCUCA